UAGUAACUCCCAACUGAAUUCAAGUUAGUGCGUCGUUAAAUUGUCUUGUCUCUCGCAGAAGAAAGAUGUCGUCAUCGCCUAGGUCGGAGAAUGUAGAGGAUUCACCCAGCGAUAGAACCUUUGAGGAACUUCACAAGCAUAUUAAUGACGUCCACAACAUUCUGAAGCGAGAGACAAACAAGCUUCGCAAGGAGAAGGAAGCUUUUGACGAGGUGGCGAAGAAGCUUGAACAUGUUCACUUCUCGAAGAUUUUGAAACUGAAUGUCGGCGGCCAUAUGUUCACGACAAGUCUAGAGACCAUGACUAAAGAUCCAGGUUCCAUGUUACACGCCAUGUUUUCAAGCAGAUUUGACACAAAACCUGGCGAGGAUGGAUCUUACUUUAUUGAUCGAGAUGGAACCCACUUCCGGUACAUCCUGAAUUAUCUGCGCACGGGGGAGCUUAUUGUCCCUAAUGACGAAAUCAUUCGUAGAGAACUGCUGGCAGAGGCCAAAUUUUAUCAGGUCGAAGGAAUGAUAAACGAGCUGGAACCAACGCCAUCAGCAGAUCCAAUCCCGACUGUAGUUCAACCGUUCAAGGAUUCAGUGAUUCUCUCGUUUAGUCAGGCGCAGACUUUGAUGAAUUGGUUGAAGAACACACCAGGCGUUUCCAACAGCGAUGAGCUUUUGUUGUACCGAGCUUCCAGAGAUGGUUGGUUUUCGUUCAACUUUCACUCCCAUUGUGAUAAUAAAGGGCCAACAGUUACAGUGAUCAAGAGUGGAAGUAACAUAUUUGGAGGAUAUACUGAACAAAGUUGGGAUGAUAGUGGAUUGAAAAGUGCAGAAAACUCGUUUCUGUUCAGUCUUGUCAACCCGAGUGGUCUGUCACCGACAAAGAUGUCUUUGAAGAGUGAACAAGAAGGAUAUGCUAUGUAUUGUGAUAAUAACCAUGGACCAAUAUUUGGAUAUAGAAGUUAUUGUGACCUUUAUAUUUGCAAUGUACCAAACUCCAACAACUGCUCUACGUAUUUGAAUAACACUUAUCAAUGUCCAUCAGGACAAAAUGCUAACAUGUUUUUAACAGGAGGUCAGUACUUUUUGGUGAGUGAAAUGGAAGUUUACAGAUUAUAG